AUGAAUGAGUCGCCGGAGCUACGUUGGGCCUUUAUAAGGAAAGUUUACGCCAUAAUAUCCAUGCAGCUUCUCCUCACUUCCGCCGUUGCUGCCGUUGUCGUCUUUGUUAAGCCCAUUCCUCACUUCUUCACCAACACUGCCCUGGGCCUCGUCGUCCACAUCCUUAUCGUCGUCCUUGCCCAGUUUGAUUCUGUGGUUUUAAUGUACUUAAUUAUGGCGUGUGUAGUGUUCUACCAAUUGUCCACUUAUCGCAAGCAUCAUCCAUGGAACUUUCUUCUUCUCAUCAUCUUCACAGUGAAUCUUUCUUUUGCUGUGGGAGUUUCUUGCUCUUUUUCAAAAGGAAGAAUAAUUUUGGAAGCUGCUAUUCUGACCAGUGUGAUGGUUGUUAGCCUCACUCUCUACACUUUCUGGGCUGUGAAAAGAGGCAAUGAUUUCAGCUUUCUUGGACCCUUUUUGUUCGCUUCCCUCCUGAUGCUUAUUGUUUUCACCCUCCUCCAGAUCUUUUUUCCUCUUGGAAAGCUACCACACAUGAUCUUGGGUUGCUUGGCAUCGAUCAUUUUCUGUGGCUACAUUAUAUAUGGCACUUGCAACUUGAUCAAGCGCUAUACGUAUGACGAAUAUAUCAUCGCUGCAGUCGACAUAUAUCUUGAUAUCAUCAACCUCUUCCUUGCUCUUCUUUCGGUUUUAGAUCAUAUGGUGAAAGGUGACGUAGAAAUUGGUAACCAAAACAUGGUGAAAGGUGACAUAGAAAAUGGUAACCAAAACCAGUUGUAUCCGGGGAUGAUGGAGUCGCCACAGAUACGCUGGGCCUUUAUACGAAAAGUUUACGCCAUUUUAUCCGUACAGUUUCUUUUGACUGUUGUGGUUGCUGCGGUUGUCGUCUUUGUCGAACCCAUCCCCAACUUCUUCGCUAAAAGUGGGACGCCUGGCCUUGCCGUCUAUAUUGUCAUCCUUAUCCUUCCCUUUCUCCUGUUGUGCCCUUUAUACGUUUAUCACAAGCAUCAUCCAUGGAAUUUUAUCCUUCUCAUGCUGUUUACAAUAAACAUUUCCUUUGCUGUGGGACUUUCUUGCGCCUUUACGGAAGGGAAAAUAGUUUUGGAAGCUGCAAUUUUGACCAGUGUUGUGCUUGUUAGCCUUACUCUCUACACCUUCUGGGCUGUGAAAAGAGGCAAGGAUUUCAGCUUUCUGGGACCCUUUUUGUUUGCUUCCCUUCUGGUGCUUCUUGUUUUCGCAUUCAUCCAGAUGGUUUUCCCUCUUGGAAAGCUAUCACAUGCAAUAUAUGGGGGCUUGGCGUCCCUUAUAUUCUGUGGCUACAUCAUCUAUGACACAAACAACCUGAUCAAGCGUUACACCUACGACGAAUAUAUAAUGGCUUCAGUGGCUCUUUAUCUUGAUGUUGUCAACCUCUUCUUUUCCCUCCUUACCUUAUUCAGAGCUACAAACUGACAACCUGAUCAAGCGUAACAA